AUGGCAGUUGGAAAGUUGCAAGGCAAGACGUUGCCUGCGCUGCGUCUUGCCCUGUGUGGUGAAGGAAACGCAGUGACGACUUGGUGGGCCACAAUGCUGCUACAAUCGCCGGCAUUUGAUAUGGUUGCUACUUGGUCGCGCGCCAAGAGCGAGGCACUCGAUAUUGCGGAGGCGCUCACCGUCAGCGGGAAGGGCGUCGUGAAUGCUUACUGGGAAAAGACCGGCGAUCUAAGCGGUAUUGGCACGCGGUACAGUUCUGCUGCGCAACCAGCUGAGGCAGGAGAGGCGGGGCUCGACGGUCUUUUGCAGCGUGAUGAUGUUGAUGCGUUCAUCCUAGUUCUACCUGAAGACUCGCAUACCAUUGUCCUCGGCGAGCUUUUCCAGAAAUGCCCACGAAAGCAUGUUUUUUCAGCCAACCUUCCUUCCUUCAGUCCUUCUAUUAUGAAGCAUCUGAUCUCUCUGUACAAUACUGUCUCGUCGUGUCCGAGACAAGGGCCUGCGGCAGGAGCUGGACGACCUGGAGUGUGGAGCACCUGUAGCCUGUUCAAGCAUGAAGUCGCCGUGGCGAAGCUGCAAGCCAUUUUGAAGGAUCUGGGACCUAUUGUUGCCGGAGAGCUCAUCGCUACCUCCAUGAUGCAGAAUGUCACUGUUUCCAGCGCCGGCAGUUUCGGCGGGAAACGCGCGCCUCGCACAGCAGCACAGCAACGAGAGCUCUUGACCGCCGUCUGUUCAGCUUACAGUGGCCUACUUCGGCAUUUAUUGGGCGAUCUGGAUUCCUUGUCAGCCAUUCGCGGCUCAAGUGCGACGCUAUGCGGCCAAAUGCAUUUUCAGAGAGGUGCCAACGUGGCUGUAACGGUAGAUCUUCUCAGCAAAACGAAUACUUUUUCCUUCACCGUAUGGGGCCUUAAAGGCUUUGGUCGUCUGUCAUGGUGUGAAGAAAAGAAGGCGUUUGAGGUACAAAGGUUCCUCCACCACUACGAACAUCCUACUCUCCACCCAGUGACAGGACCGACAUGGGCAGUUAGGCAAUGGGUCGAAACCAUCUGGGAGACUUCAAAAGGAGGCAACCAGGACUCAAAUCCUCAGAAGCCGGACUUCAUGCUCUUAGACUUGGUAACAAGCACAGCUAUGGUAGAAUCUGACGGCGUCAUUGUCCGGCUGUGCGCAACUUCGCAGAACCGUCCCGAAGCCAACAUGCACAACCAAAACAACCAACGGGUUUCCGAAUCGCCCCGAGAGGACAACGAAGUGCUAGCAGCUGCAUGA